CAUUUCCUGACUCGUGAUUUGCCUGGGGAGUUGCAGCCACUGUGUGCUGAAGGUCCCGGGUGUCCUGGCCGUGGGGACACCGCAGGGUUUGUCCUCAGCAUCUCUCCUACAGGCGCUGCCGGGGGAGCGGAGCGUCGGGACCCACCACCAGACGAGGGGUCAAGCCCGGCUCCAGCUCCCAGCCACCCUCUCCUGUCGCUCCGGCUCCCCGCUCCCAGCCCAGCGGGAUGAAGCUGGUGGCUGCCAUCGCCUUCCUGGCCAUGUUCAUGGUGGCACUGGGACAACCCGACCCCACGCUGGACUGGCACUGGCAGCUCUGGAAGAAAACCUACGGCAAGGCGUACCCCCACGAGAGAGAGGAAGGGGUCCGACGCGCGACGUGGGAGAAGAACCUGCGCCUGGUGACGCUGCACAACCUGGAGCACUCCCUGGGGCUGCGCUCCUACCAGCUGGGCAUGAACCACCUGGCAGACAUGACCAGUGAGGAGGUGGCAGCUUUGUUGACCGGGUUGCACAUGUCUCCUCGCCCAAAGAGGGUCUCCACGUACCGACCACAGCCCGGCAGCAAAGUCCCAGACACGGUGGACUGGAGGGAGAAGGGAUGCGUCACGGAGGUGAAGAACCAGGGAGCCUGUGGGUCGUGCUGGGCCUUCAGCGCCGUGGGAGCCCUGGAAGCCCAGGUGAAGCUGAAGACGGGGAAGCUGGUGUCCCUGAGCGCCCAGAACCUCGUUGACUGCUCCAUGAUGUACGGGAACAAAGGCUGCAGCGGAGGUUUCAUGACCAGUGCUUUCCAGUACAUCAUCGACAACGAAGGGAUUGACUCGGAUGAGUCCUACCCCUACAAGGCUCAGAACGGGACGUGUCAGUACAACGUUUCCGCAAGAGCUGCCACUUGUUCCAAGUACGUGGAGCUCCCUCACGCCGACGAAGAAGCCCUGAAGGAGGCUGUGGCCAACGUGGGACCAGUCUCUGUCGCCAUUGACGCCACCCAGCCCACCUUCUUCUUGUACAGGUCAGGGGUGUACGAUGACCCCCGGUGCACGCAGGAGGUGAAUCACGGCGUCCUCGUCAUCGGCUACGGCACCCUCAACGAUAAGGACUACUGGCUGGUGAAAAACAGCUGGGGCAAGAGUUUUGGCGACGAGGGCUACAUCCGCAUGUCGAGGAACCACGCCAACCACUGCGGGAUCGCCAGCUACGCCUCCUACCCCCUGAUAUAGACGGGGCCUGGGCUCCACGGGGCUCCCGAGGCUUCAGCUCUUGAACCCCUGACGCGACGCUUUGCCGGGAUCUACUGAUUUCAAGAAUAAUUUUCUGGCUCUGGGGGCACCGUCCCACUGUCGGAACGGCCCGUCCCACCGGUUGGGAGGGAGCCCUUGGCGUGGGAUGAUUGUGAUUUACAGGUACCUUGUGACUUCUUCUGUGGAGGGGGGGGGAAAGGAGUUUUUUUUGGGUUUUUUCCAAGAGUAAAAUUGCAUUAUCUAGAGUUAUAAUGGAGAUGGUGGUUUCCUCUCCCCAGUUCAGCACUGGGUACUGCUGCGAUGACACAGGUGUCGUGGGAUCGUGACGUGAUGUUGGUGAAAUUGCAGAGUUUCUUUGAAAAAAAAAAAUAAAAGAUGGGUUUCGUUGUCCAAAAAA